AUGACCAACCUUCCUGCAGAAUCCCCGGGGGGUUGGGGUGCCAAGUGCUCUGGAAACCUAUUCUUUUUUGGCUCAACCAAAAGAAAUGUCCCCUCUCCUUCCCCUGACCCCGGGCAUGGGGCAACUUUCUUAAAAAUCCUAAGUAGGGUUCAGUCCAAGCAGCAAGGCAUGGCCUGGGUCCUUGACUCCUGGCUGAGAAACCAACAGGGUGAUUGGAAAAAAAAAAAAAAAAAAUCAAGAGUUUGUCCCCCACCCUCAUCACACAAGGAGAGGCAGGUGACAUCAAGGAGGGGUGGGACAAUAGGGCGGCGGGCUGGUGGGGACUCCUACCCUUGGACCCCACUGUCCUUAGGUGUGUUUACUCGGCGAUGGCAGCCCGUCUGA